AAUUUCAAUCAUAUAAUAAAAUUCAGCUAUUAAUAAAGUUUAUAAAUAUUUAGUUUUUAAAAUAAAUGGAAACAGCUAAUAUUCAAACUACAAUUAGAAACUCACAGGGCGUUUCAAAAGCACCAUUUCAUACAUCAAUUUUCUUUUCAAUCUCCAAGGGUUCAGAUAAAAUCGGUGGAUUGUUGGAGCAUUUAGAAGUAAUUAAAAAGCAUAACAUCAAUUUAACACGAAUCGAAUCUAGACCAUCCAAGACAGAAAAAUCAGAUUAUGAUUUUUUCUUAGAUUUAGAGUAUGGUUCAAAUACAUUAAAAGAAGUUGAAAAAGUUAUUGAAGAUUUAGAAAGUAGAGGUGUUAAGGUUACCAUCGUUUCUGAAAAUCCUCAAGUUGAUUCAUCAGAUUCAUCUAUUCCUUGGUUCCCAAGAAAAUUAUCAGACUUAGAUUUAUAUGCCAAUAAAGUUUUAGAAAUGGGUGAUGAGCUUUCAAGUGAUCAUCCAGGUGCCACUGAUCCAGUUUACAGAGCCAGAAGAAAGGAAAUUGCCACAAUCGCUGCCACCUACAAACAUGGUCAUGAAAUCCCAAGAAUUAAUUAUACCAAAGAAGAAACUGAAACUUGGGGUAGAGUUUACAAAAAAUUAAAAGAACUUUUUGCAAACUAUGCUUGCCAACAACAUACAUUUGUUUUCCCAUUAUUAGAACAAAACUGUGGCUAUUCAGAAGAUAAUAUUCCACAAUUACAAGAUAUUUCAAAUUUCCUUCAAGAGUGUACUGGUUUCCGUAUUAGACCAGUCCAAGGUUUAUUAUCAAGUAGAGACUUUUUAAAUGGUUUAGCUUUUCGUGUUUUCCAUGCUACACAAUAUAUUAGACAUAGUUCAGUACCAUUAUACACACCAGAACCUGAUGUAUGCCAUGAAUUAUUAGGUCAUGUACCAUUAUUUGCAGAUCCAGAUUUUGCAGAUUUUAGUCAAGAGAUUGGUUUAGCAUCUAUUGGUGCCAGUGAUGAGGAUAUUGAACGUCUUUCAACAUGUUAUUGGUUUACUGUCGAAUUUGGUAUUUGUAAAGAAGGUGACAAAAUUAAAGCAUAUGGUGCAGGUUUAUUAUCAAGUACAGGUGAAUUAGAGUACUGUAUAUCUGACAAACCAGAAAAGAAACCAUUCGAUCCAUUUGUUACAUGUAAAACCAAAUACCCAAUUACCACAUUCCAACCACUCUAUUAUGUAGCUGAAAGUUUUGCAGAUGCCAAAGAAAAAAUGAGAGAAUUUGCAGAUUCUUUAAAGAAACCAUUUGCAAUCCGUUAUAAUCCAUACACCACUUCCAUCGAGCUCCUCGAUAACAAAGAUAAAUUAUUAAACAUUUGCAACCAAAUCAGAUUACAAGCAGAUACUCUUGCAGAUGCAAUCCAAAAAUUUAAAUCACUCUAAAAAAAGAAAAAACCAUAACAAUAAUUUAUUAUUUUUAUUAAUUUAUUAAUAAUAUAAAUUCAACUAUUUCAAUUUCAUUGCUUUUUUUUUUUCUUUUUCAUUUAAAGUUUCUUAUAAAAUAAAUUAUUUUAGUUUUAGUUUAAUUU